CCGGACCGAAGAUCGACCUCCAUCCCGUGCCAACGUGUGCUACGAACACUGAUGGAUUUCCUGUACGCGAGCAACGCCACCAUCGACCGAUACACACGCGCGCAAGCAGAGUGGCCGACCACCCAGGAGCUCCUCUACGAAGGCCUCCUCGUCGCCGGCUCCAUAUUCCUCGCCGCUGCGCUGCUCGAGCUGACGGUCGUCGACACCGUUCGCUCGAUCCUCAAGUCCAAGAACGGCGUGGAGCUGUACGCCAAGGCGUGGCUGUACAACGUCGUCAACCACUGCAUGCUCGCGCCCAUUGUCUACGCGGUCGGCGUGCGGCUCUUCGCCUCGCCCUCGAUCCAGUUCACUCCGGCGGAGCGGGUUCUGCACUAUGCGAGCUGCGUCGCCAUCCACUCGGCAGGGUACUACUGCACGCACCGAGCCAUGCACACCAAGACCCUCUACUGGGCACACAAGUAUCACCACCGCUUCAACGUCCACAUCUGCCCGAUCGCCGCGUCGGCCGUCACGCAAGUCGAGUACAUGUUCGCCUAUCUGAUCCCAUUCAUCAUCGCCGGCGUCCUGAUGCAGCCCGUUCCGAUGGAGACGAUCGCCGUCGCGGGUCUCGCCAUCGGGCACAUCAACAACCUGAUCCACACGCCGUGGCUCGAAUCUCUCUCCCACCGCCUCGUCCCGUGGAUCGGCGUCUCUACCGCCGAUCACUUUGACCACCAUCGCAAGCUGACAACCAACUACGCGGCCCCGACGAUCAAUGUCGACAGGCUGCUGAAGCUCGCGCCGCCGCUCGAGCGGGCCGCCUCGCGCCUCUUCGCCGCCUUUGGCAAGCCUGUCGCUUGCAGCAGCAAGGGGGCGUGAGCCGUGCUGCGCUUUGCUCGCGUGACUGUCUAACACCCUCGCCGAACCUUGGUCCCGAUGCGCAAGCUGCCGCCGUGUGUGGAGUCUGGAGAGGUGUACAUGCAGGGCGCUGAGUCCCACGCCUGUGCCUAUGUGUUGAAUACGUCGCGAGAGGCUGG